AUGCCGAACCAGAUCUCCAAGCAGUGGUACCGCGAUGACUACUUCAUCUCGACCGACCGGUCCCUCCUCGACCUCGGAGCCAUCAAUGACGCUUUCGACUCGGAGCUGAUGUGGUGGACGAGGCGGGUGCCCGAGGCCGCCCUGCGCCGGUUAGUCGACAACUCGCUGUGCCUUGGCGUCUACAAGCUCCCCGCGGCCACCGCCGACAUUGCAGGCAAAACGGGUCCCGCGCUCGUGGGGCUCGCCCGCGUCGUCACCGACUACGUGACCAUCGGCUACCUCGCCGACGUCUACGUGCUGCCCUCGCACCAGGGAAAGGGCCUGGCGCCGUGGCUGAUGGUGUGCCUGCACGAGGUCCUGUACGAGUGGCCGCACCUGAGGCGAUUUCUACUCCUGACAUCGUCGCCGCAGGCCAGCCAACUGUACGAGCAGGCGCUGGGCGUGUCCGAGUGGGGGCGAUCGAACUCAGGGGAGCUGUUCCUGCUCGAGAAGCGGGGGCCGUUGAUGCCCGCGGGCCCGCCCGAUACGGACGAUGAUGAAUGA